AAAGUACAAUGUAAGACCACAUUUGGGAUUGGAAUCAAAUGUUCAAGCAGAUGAGCUAAAACGUGGACAUGCUAUAGAAAGUGCUCGAUGUCAAAACAAUGAAGGAUACCAGUUCCUUGAUCUUGAAGUCAUUUUGCAGCAGAUUCCUGUCGCUCAACCGGUUUCACGUCAAGGAAUAUUUUCCUUUGCAGUUGGACUUCGUGCGAGUCGCACACGCGCGCCAGCCAACCGGCGUCUCCGCGUACACGCGAAGUUUGUCCAAGUGGAGUUGCCGUACAACUCCUGCUUGCUGCAGAGACCAUUCUGUUGACGUUUUGUGGAACCGCACACGUUUUCAUCAAGAAUUCUUCCCGAAAUAUACUGAAGCUGUGAAAGAAGAAGAGUACGAGGGCGAACUUUGUGGAUCGAAAGAGGAGAACGAGCGACGACGUCGACCAGUGGACGCCGCUUUCAAGUCUCAAGCUGCGUUACACGGAACAGACAUCGGUGAAGAAUAUCUUUGUCCUGCGCAGGAAGAACCACGCGUUAGCGACGAAGGGGUGGAUGACAUCAUCCGGUUGCCAUUGAUUGGUCUCCCUUUGAAGAGUGAAGAUGAUGACGGCAAAGGUCCAAGUGAGGAGCACAGAGUGGCUGAGCCUCCGAGCAACAGCUCGAGUCAACACACGACAAGAGAAAGUGACGGAGACCACUGCGGAGGAUCACAAGCGGACAGCCCAUUAUUAGCUCCGCUAUCGGAUAGUGGCGUCACAAUGUCUGACACUAAUGAUGAGGAACACUCCAAUGGUGAUGUGACAUUUCGCAGUGACUACAAACACGUCAAAUGUUCUCAGUGUAACAAAACCUUUUUCAACAAGUCCUCGUUGAAAAGACACCUGCGAACGCACACUGGAGAGAAACCUUUUUCCUGCUCGGUUUGUGGUCUUAAGGUGACGCAGAAGAGUAGUUUAACGAAUCACAUGAGAACGCACAGUGGAGAGAAACCUUUCGCCUGCCCAGUCUGCAACUUACGUUUCAGGAGUCGUUCAUAUUUAAGAACGCACACGCGGAUACACACUGGGGAGAAACCAUUUUCUUGUUCAGCUUGUGGAAAAAGAUUCUCUCUAAAUGGAGAUUUACGAGCACACACAAGAACACACACUGGGGAGAAACCUUUUCUUUGCUCACUUUGUGGAAAAAGAUUCACCCGGAAGGGACAUUUGAAUGCUCAUACAAGAACGCACACUGGGGAGAGACCUUUUCCCUGCUCAGUUUGUGGCCAAAGAUUCUCUGAAAAGGGAAGCUUGAUAAAGCACUCAAGAACCCACACUGGAGAGAAACCCUUCGCCUGCUCAGUAUGUGAGCAAAGAUUCUCCGAAAAGGGAAACUUAAGAACGCACACAAGAACACACACUGGAGAGAAACCUUUUGCCUGCUCAGUUUGCGGUAAAAAAUUCUCUGAAAAGGGAAACUUAAGAACACACACACAAACACACACCAGGAAGAAACGUUUUACCGUUUCAGUGUACAACAUUAAUUCCGAAGUGGAAGACCUUCGUCUUGAGCACCAGGAACCAGAGCCCUCCCACGUUCAAGAAGAGGACGAGGCUAUCGCCAGGUUACCGUUGACUGGUGUCAUUGUGAAGAGUGAAGAUGAGGGCGAUCAUGUGACAAAAUGUGUUUUCAGUGUGACAAAACUUUUGGUUCCGAGACAGACCGGAAAAGACACGUGACGCUCCGCCCUGGAGAGAAACUUCACAUGUUCAGAUUUUGACCAAACACAAGAACUCACACUGGGGGAAAAAAAACGAAACAAAGCAAAACAGUCAAGACAUUCCCCUAAUUGUUUGAAUUUGCUUUUUAGGUUUCAUUCUGACUCAUAUGAAUUAGACUGAGUUAUGUUUGUCCUUGUUAACUCUCAAAUGUAUUUUAUUGAGGCAUCCCUGCUUUUGAAAUAUAUGAAGCACUUUGUGAGAAGUGCCAUUAAAAAAAAUCCAAUAAAAAGUGAUUGACUUACUUUUGCGAGUUCAGUAUGCAACUUGAGUUCAGGAUUGGAAGAUCUUUCAGGGUGGACCAAACUUCUCAGUGGUGAGAAAACUAUUCAGUUUCAGUUGGUGUCAUAAAAGAUGAUGUGGAAGUCAAAGGUUAAGAAACACAAAUGUGUUGGUGAGAGGUGCAGCUGUGAACAAAGCUUCCAAUAAAUUGGAAAGAAACUUGCUGUAAAAUUCUGUCUGUGGUCCUAAAUAAAAGUAUCUAAUGUCGUUGAGCUAUUUUUUCCCCACCAAGGACUUCUGAGGUUCAGUGAAUUUGUUUCUUUUCAAGUACAAGCAAACCAUUUCUGCUCCGGGAGCGACAUCGAGGAAGUUUAUGAGUUGGAGGUGACCGUGACGAUUGGGAAAUGUGAAGAAGAAACAAAAGAUGCAAUGCAACUACGGUGGAGAACACGAAGCAACAUGCAUUGCCAACUGCAGGAAGAAUAACACGGGAAAAUGUCACGAUCGCGUGAUCCACUGAACGAAAACACUUGGAUUGUGAUUGCAGAUCUUGUGCUCUCGCUGUCGUCGUCUCGCCACGCUGCACUAUUUGCGUAUCUGUUGUUGACCGAUACCGGCCACUCGUGCCAGAGUAGCAUCUGCUCCAUUUGCACACCGAUUGAGGAGUCUCUGCAACAUUUGCACAAUCGACAUUGUCCCAGAUGAUCGCACUACUCGUCACUUGAAAGCGCAUCCGCUCCUUGAAGUCUCAGCGCCCUUUGCACGAUGCUAUUGCAAUAUGAGUCAUUCCAACUGCUCUAAGUGCUCGAGGACUCUG